CACUCUCCCCUCUCGCACGGACGUCGGCGAACUCCGGUGUCCAUUCCCCCACCGCCGCCGCCGCCGCUGCCGCCUCCUCCUUCUCUCCGGCGGAAUCGGAGAUGGCGGAGAGGUGGUCGAAAGGCUACUCCGCCGCCUCCAAGGGGAAGGCCAUCGCCUCCAAGAAAGGUUCGCUGAAUGGAGGGCAGAAUAGCUCUGCGAAAAUCCCACAUGUUACUAUUGACGAUUCAGAUUCAGAUUCUGAAGGUUUUGUGGAAGAACUGCCUCGUUUCAACCCUAAAUCAAAUGGGAAGGCUGCAUCUGAGAGCCUAAAAACUGGUGGAAAGGCUUCGUCUAAAGGAGAAGCUGGCAAAGGCGGAAAGGGUUCUGCAUCAACUGCAGCUUCUGCUAAGUCCGAUGCAGCGCUAAAGCUUGAGCUCGAUAUGCCUCCAAAUUCUUGCAUUUUAAUGAAUUGUGAAGUAGCUGAACUACUGCAAGAAAUUCAUGAGCAUAUGGCUAUCUUAUCAGAGGAUCCAAAGAUCAAAAUUCCAGAGUCAUUCGAUAAGGCUUUCAAAUAUGCAAAAGAAGGAAAUCAUUUUUCCACCGCACAGUCUGUGAAACAAGUCCUGGACCCUCUUAGAAAAUAUGGUGUUAGCGAUGGAGAGAUAUGCUUGAUAGCAAACAUCGGACCUGAGACCAUUGAAGAGGUUUAUGCGCUAGUACCAUCCCUGAAGGCCACUAGAUCACUCAACGAAGGUCCGAUCAUGAAGGCUCUCACUGCGCUCGCUAACAUAAAAGCUGCCAAGUGAAUCUCCAGUGGCGUUAAGCCGAUAUGUUUGUGGAUCAGGCGAUGCAGAAUCUGCAACUUGUGCAUGGCUCUGAUGUUUUGGAUAUUCUGUCAAAUCAGGUUGCGCUGUAUAUGCCAAAAAAAAAAAAGCCAUGUGCCAUGUGUACUUAUCUAGGCCCGAUUGGUUGGAACUCAGAAAAACCACCCUAUCUAACUGCAGAUGUAGCUAGAAUAGCUGAAGUAGCCUACUCAGAAUGCUAGUAAUUGUUACCCUUGGGGUAACUAACUUAAACAAUGAUAUGGUGGUUAUGUUUAUUUUUUGGCCACUCCUAGUUCAUUGCGAUGCAAUUUGCCGCUCUAGAGUUAUGAAAGCUGAUAUUUCGAUGGUGGCA